UGAAAUUACUGCUGACUGUCCCAGCCAAGCGCAGCACGCGGGAUACUACCCCCAUUUUCAUAGCAACCGCUGCAUCAUUAACAAACUCUGGAGAGAUCGGUAUUAAAUACUGCCCGGUUUGUCGCUCAUUAUUUGUUAUUGCGGGAUUAUACUCGAAAAGAGGAAGUUACUGUCUACUAGAGGACUGCGAUCUGAUUUCAUUUGACCUGGUUUUCAUCGGAACGGAUGAUCACCAUGGAUGUAAAAACAAUGCUUUCUCUCCUUGCUGUAAUAGCGUGUUUUACAGAAACGUAUGCCCAAACAACGGACCAGACAACGGCUACCACACCUGCAGAGGCCACCACGUCGACUACAGUAGGAGAAGACACAACAGCUGUCACAGCAGCCACAACAGAUGCAACAUUAGCAACAGAGGCAGCAACCUUACCAACAGGUUCAACUACCCCCGAAGGAGGUACGGCGACAACAGAAGCGAACAGUGCAACAAAUACAGUAACAGGCACGCCUGGUGCAGGGUCAACUAUCCAUGCAACAACGUCGCGCGAUACAACAGCAAUUUCUCACAGUGGAGGAACGGACGCUCAGACCGCAACAGUUGCUGGCGGUGGGAAAACUACAGCGGCUGGCGGAACAGAAACUUCGGGGACUGCUGCUGCUGCGACCACAGCAACGGAUGGACCAACUGGGGAAGUUGGAACCACGGCAGCUAACGUUGGUGAGGGAACAGGCGCGACAACAGCAGCCACACAGGCAAAUACUGCGGGAGCCAACACCGCAGCUACGCCAAAAGGUGAUGAGGCAACGGUUGCAGCAACCGAGGGAGCGACUGAGGCAGAAGCAACGGGGACUACAGCAACAGGUGCUCAGCCGACGGCUGCAGCAACUGAGACACUGGCCAUGGGGACUGCAGCAACAGGUGCUCAGCCGACGGCUGCAGCAACUGAGACACUGGCCACGGGGACUGCAGCAACAGGUGCUGAGGUAACCACCACAGCAGCUGCCGAUGAGAAGACUACGGUGGCCGUUACUGGGGGGAUUUCAUCAACUACUACUGAUGCAACCUCAGCGGCAGCUGUUGCCUCGACGUCUGGAGGGACAACACCAUCACACACCACAAAACAUGUCACAACUGCAGCUCCUCUUCCGAAGACAUUUGAGUGCAACAUGAGAAUUACCGAGAUUGGCAACGGGCAAGCUAAUUUCACAGAAGACUUGGCAAAUUCAUCCUCCGCCGCAUUCAAAGAACUGAGCGAGAAAGUGUGCACUGCAGUCACAGCUGCUACAAACGAGUCAAGUCUUGCGGUAACAGGUUGCACAGUAACUGAGUUUAAGAGUGGCAGCGUGGUGGCGGUCUACCAACUAGAAUUCCCGCCAGAGUCGAGUGUGACUUCGACUGUACUGCUUGAGAAGAUAAAAGAAGCGUUUGCUAACUCGACCGACCCACUCAUCAAGCAGUUUGGGGUGGACCUAGAGUCGAUCAGGGCCGUAGAAAUUCUACCGACUACCCAAGCCCCUGUUAUAACUACCGGUGCCGGCACUGUAACACCAACAAAAGGUCAGCCUGCGUCUAUGGACGGACUCUCCCCGGGGGCUAUCGCUGGUAUCGUGGUGGGUGCGGUCCUAUUGGCACUAAUCCUCAUGGUAGUCGUGGUCUUCGUCGUGAUGAAGAUGAAAGGCAGCGGAGCCAAAGUGGCCAGCGAGGACACCAAUCCCCAGCCAGCCAGUCACCACGAGUAGCAACAAUGGCAGAUUUCAGCGUGCCUAUAUAUAGCGGUGGAUGAACUUGUCCCAAUAAUAUAGAGAUUCGUGCCUAGGGCCUGUUUACACGGAAGAGCGACGACAAAAGGUGGCAAUGUGAUAUGCGCUGCCGGGGUAGGCCUACUGUUCAUUCACACACAAUGAAAAAAACAUUCUGUUUUCAAAUCAUUAUGCUAAUGACAUUCAGCAAGUAAUGGAUCUUUUCGCUAAUAAAUUCGUAAUUAUGCGCUCAUAUCAUGAGCAUAAUGGGUCAGGAGUCAGCUGCUUAUUGAAAAUGUAGACUUCUGCAACAUUUUCUCUCUGGUUCUGCAAAAGUAUUCACUUCUUUUCUUCAGAUUGGCGUCCCCUUGCAACUAGCAUUCCGUAUACCCUUAAUUCCAAGUAAAUUAACAACCUAUCUAUCCAUGUAGCCUUAUGGCUGCCUUGCCUAAUCAUAUUGCAGAUGGGGAUUCCGUCCAAAGAUGAGUUCGUUCAGAAUCGAGACUGUUUUGUUGUGACAACUGCAUGGGGCAAGUUGGGGUGGAUAGGGGUGGAUGGGGAAGGACAACACCAGAUCGAACCGGUGUUAGGACCAAGAACCGAGGGCAGGCGCAAAGAGGCAUUGAUCAUUUAUGGCUGUUGGAAUUAAAAACGAAUGCACACACUUCAUAUCCUUGAUUUGAGCUUGUGCACUUAUUAGAAGUAAUCCCUGUUUAGACCAGCGUGCACAUUGAACAUGUACAACACCGCAUAAAAAGUUAUAGUGCCUUUCCCUUUACAACAUUUCAUUUGAAACUAUUUUUGUGUACAUACAUUCAAGUCCGCUGUUGGUUUUUGAGUUUGAAACUUUAUUACUGUGGCUAUUUUAAAACAGUUGUAUGGUAGCAUAGCACAACAUACAUGUAUUUGGAAAAAGUAUCAUAAAUUAACUUUUACGAAUAUAAAAAUUGAAAGAUGAAAUCAUAAUAUGAAGUUCGAUUUCAUCGGUCAAUUAAAUCACCGAAACAACCCUGAUUUUUAUUACAAACUUCAUAAUGAGCUACUUUGCGUGAAAAAAGUCAUUCAUGGAAACCCAGAGACUUUUUGAUGAGCAAAACAUUGAUUUUUUUGGGAUGUUCAUAAGUGUGGAUGGGCAUGCUUAGAAACGUUUGACACAUAACAUAAGGAUCCCUGUGAAAUGCGAUGUCUGUUGUCUUUCAUGGGCUACCGUACAUGUACAUUGUGAGUCAAAAAUGCAACUAGAAUACCCUGGAAUCUACUUCAAGAGAAUUCCGUUGAGGAAAAUGAAAUCGGUCUAGAAAAUAUUUUCAUUAAUUUACAUAAAAAGGGAUGUUGUCAUAAUGCUCUAAAUGAAAGCUAGUUUCGUUUGUAUAUACAUUGUAAUGCCACGCAAACUUAAUGGACAGUCGGGUUAGGGGCAACAGGGGUUCUGCCCCUCCCCUAAAAAGAGCUCCCUUUUUGUUAAGAGUUAAUUGAAAAAAAUUGCAAUAUGUCGGUAUGUUCAUUUUUCUUCCUUCUAGAAGGUUGUAAAAAAGUCUCAUCAUUUAGAAAAGCCAUGAAAGAUUACAUUUAACAAAUGGCCCCCGAAAACAAUUUGGACCCCAAGAAGGUUGUUCUGGAUUCGCCCGGGAUACUACUUUGUAAAUAAUAUUAUGUUUAUCUAAUUAGAUAGGUGAAAGAUGUUGCAAAUAUAAACAGAGUCUUUAUCUAUGAGAAGUAUUUUGAUAUGAAAGAUAUUUAGGAAUACCUUUGGAAUAAUGCAGCUUUCCUUAAAGCCAUUUCCUUUUCCCUCGAAACCCAAAGUGUUGCUUGUUUUGUGUGUGAUGCAGCAUUCCAAAAUGUGUAAAUUCAUCCACAGUUUUGAUGCAGUUUUACAGACGUAUGUACGCUGGAUUUGUCAUCUGUUUUUCCACGUUAUUGGUACUAAAAUUUCAUCAUUUUUCUCAGAAACAGGAAAUUCAAAGAUAAAGUAUUUCAGUGACACAGAGUUCGUGGUCAUCUGGGAAGCACGGAAACUGCGCAAUAAUCAGUUUUGGAAACAAAACUUUAAUGAUGUUAUUUCUUAGAAACAUGAAAUUCAGUGAGAAACCAGUCCAACAGUGACAAAUGUGCCGCAGGUGAGAGGGCUCAGUAGCAGACGGAUGGCAUGUCCACCAUUGCUGACGACCUCAGGUGGUAGCUGCAGGGCUCUACCUUACACCUGGCUGGAUGAACUCCGUGUGUCGACGUUUAUCAUUGAAUAUCGCAACAAAUUAUCGAGUAAAAACGGGCAAUUUAUAAUUCCGUACAACAUUGAUAAGAUAAACAGAGGAAAACCAAAAUACCAAUGUCUUUCGAUGCCUUUUGCACUCUUCAUAGAUGAUUCAAGAAUUGAUUGGUGUUGAAAAUCGUAUACUGUCUUAGAGUAACACCUGUGACAUAUAAGUUAAUAAAGUAUUUUACCCAAAACUCA